UCCUCGCUGCUUGAACAUGCUGCUUGGGUAGCGAAGCCGACAGAGAGGACCGUGUACCCUCUUACACUCUACACACACACACACACACACACACACACACACACACACACACACACUCUCACACAGAGUCGGCCCAAUUCAAGCACAACCAUGCUGAUCAAGGAGUAUCGUAUCCCCAUGCCGAUGAGCGUGGAGGAGUACCGCAUCGCUCAGCUCUACAUGAUCCAGAAAAAGAGCAGAGAGGAGAGCUGUGGCGAGGGCAGCGGGGUGGAGAUCCUGGAGAACAAGCCUUACGAGGACGGCCCCGGAGGCUCGGGUCAGUACACACACAAGGUCUAUCACAUCGGGAAACACAUCCCGUCCUGGUUCUGUGCCAUCCUGCCUCAGGCUGCGCUUCGAGUGGAGGAGGAGUCCUGGAACGCCUACCCCUACACACGGACCCGGUAUACGUGUCCCUUCGUAGAAAAGUUCUCCAUAGACAUUGAGACGUAUUAUAAACCAGAUACUGGAAAUCAAGGGGAUGUCUUCAAUAUGUCCUCCGCUGAAAAGAGACAGAGGACUGUAGACCCCAUAGACAUCGUGAAGGACUACAUCGCCCCUCACGAGUACCUGGUGGAAGAAGACCCGAAGCUGUAUCAGUCCGUCAAGACCAAACGGGGGCCGCUGUCAGAGGACUGGAUCGAGGAGAUCAACCAGAAUCCGGGUCAGAACCCCGUCAUGUGUGCCUACAAGCUCUGCAAAGUGGAGUUCAGAUACUGGGGCAUGCAGUCCAAGAUCGAGCGCUUCAUACAUGACGUGGGUCUGCGUAAAGUGAUGGUCCGAGCCCACCGGCAGGCGUGGUGCUGGCAGGACGAGUGGUACGGGCUGACCAUCGAGGACAUCAGGCAGCUGGAGCUGGAGACCCAGCUGGCUUUAGCUAAGAAGAUGGCCCAGUACAGCCUCAACGAGGAGGGGGGAACAGAGACCAACGGCUCCUCUGUCAGCCAGGACCAGGAGCCUGGGGCUGAGACCGCGGGACCGAAUGCAGAGGCAGAGGGAGGAGGAGGGAAGCUGGGAGAUUCGCUGGAGACACGAGGGGAGCUCACCAAGCAGUGGUCAACGUCCUCGAGAUCCUCCAACAGGUCGUCUAAGAGAGGAGGCAGUCCGUCUCAUCAGAGCAUCUCAGAGUGGAGGAUGCAGAGCAUCGCCCGGGACUCAGAGGACAGCACAGACGAUGAGUUCUUCGAUGCUCAUGAGGACUUCUCUGACAACGAGGAGAUGUUUCCCAAGGAGAUCACCAAGUGGAGCUCCAACGAUCUGAUGGACAAGAUAGAAACAAUAGAGAUGGAUGAAGCACAAGAAACUCUGUAUCAGGAGUCGGGCGGGGAGUUUGCCGUGAUGAGUAACGAGGAGACGCAGAUGGAGGACUGUUCGUCCCAGCAGUGUCUCCAGCCGUCCAAAAUUCACGUCCUCGUCCUGGUCCUGCAUGGAGGGAACAUUCUGGACACCGGCUCUGGUGAACAGAACAGCAAGCAGGGAGACGUCAACACGCUGAGCGGGGCCUUUGAGACCGUGAUGAGGGUCCAUUACCCUGCAGCGCUGGGCCGCAUCGCCAUCCGGAUGGUCCCCUGUCCCGCUGUGUGUGUCGACGCGUUCUCGCUGGUCUCCAACCUGAGCCCCUACAGCUACGAUGAAAGCUGCCUGUCCAGCAGUCAGGACCACAUCCCGCUGGCUGCUCUGCCUCUGCUGGCCACCUCCGCGCCACAGUAUCAGGACGCUGUAGCCACCGUCAUCCUACGAGCCAAUCAGGUUUACAGCGACUUCAUCAAGUCUUUGGAAGGAGCGUCUUUUAAUGGCCAGGUGUGUGUUAUCGGGGACUGUGUUGGGGGCAUCCUGGGGUUUGACGCCCUGUGCAGCAGCUCUGUGACGGUGUCAGAGAGUCAGAACAGCAGCAGGAGAGGCAGCACCAUCAGUGUGCAGGACGCAGACCUCCUCUCUCCAGGUAUUGUCAUAAACAGCGUGUCUCCUUCCUCGCCGUCCCUCGAAGGAAGCCGCCACCUCAGCCGCAGCAACAUCGACAUCCCCCGCUGCUCGGGCCCCGACGACCCCAAGAAACAGCUCCCACGCAAGCGUAGCGACUCCUCCACGUAUGAGCUGGACACCAUCAAACACCACCAGGCCUUCCUGUCCAGCCUUCACUCCAGCGUGCUCCACGGGGAGCCCGGAUCACGGCGCUCCAGCAGCAGCACCAUGUUGGAGGGAGGCUCCCUGGGAAAGUUUGAGUUCGAGGUGACGGACUUCUUCCUCUUCGGCUCUCCUCUGGGGCUGGUGCUUGCUCUGAGGAAGACUGUGGUGCCCUCGUUAGAUGUGUCGGCUCUGCGUCCAGCCUGUCAGCAGGUUUACAACCUGUUCCAUCCAGCCGACCCCUCGGCCUCGCGCCUCGAGCCUCUGCUGGACAAGAGGUUCCACCUGCUGCCUCCCUUUAGCGUCCCCCGCUACCAGCGCUUUCCUCUGGGCGAUGGACACUCAGCUCUCCUGGUUGAGACAGUGCAGAGUAACCCUCAGCUUCUGAUGGAGUCAGGUGGUGCAGCAGCCCAGCGCUGCCAGGAAAGCACCGUCAGCGAGACGUCCAUCCCUGUGCCUGUCUUGAACUGGCAGACCUCGCAGCUCCACGCAGAGACUGAUGCUCUUCACUCACAUACCUUUGUCGACGGCCAGUGUCCACUGUCCACGUCACCCGGUGUCCCUCACCUUCGCUGCAACCGCAGGGCCAGUGAGGCGAGCAUAGCCAGCCAGGUGUCGGGCUUAGCCGACUCCUACACCGCCUCCAACAUCGCCACGAUCGCUUCUCGGUGGUGGGGCAGUAAGAGGAUGGACUACGCCCUGUACUGUCCUGAUGCCCUGACAGCGUUUCCAACGGUGGCCCUGCCUCAUCUCUUCCACGCGUCCUACUGGGAGUCUACAGACGUCGUCUCCUUCCUGCUCAGACAGGUGAUGAGACAUGAGAACUCCAGUAUUUUGGAGCUGGACGGUAAAGAAGUGUCUGAAUUCACUCCGUCCAAACCUCGAGAGAAGUGGCUCCGCAAGAGGACUCAUGUUAAAAUCAGAAACGUGACAGCGAACCAUCGUGUAAAUGACGCCGUGUUCUCGGAGGACGGAGCCCAGAUGGUGACGGGACGUUUCAUGUACGGCCCUCUGGACAUGGUCACCCUCACUGGAGAGAAGAUUGACAUCCACAUCAUGACCCAGCCUCCCUCUGGAGAGUGGGUGUACUUUGACACUGAGAUCACCAACAGCAGUGGACGUGUCUCUUAUGUAAUCCCUGAGAGCAAAAGGCUGGGAAUCGGUGUGUAUCCUGUUAAAAUGGUGGUCAGGGGUGACCACACGUUUGCAGACAGCUAUCUGACUAUUCUGCCGCGGGGAACAGAGUUUGUUGUGUUCAGUAUCGAUGGGUCAUUUGCUGCCAGCGUGUCUAUCAUGGGCAGCGACCCCAAGGUUCGAGCUGGAGCUGUGGAUGUGGUGAGGUACUGGCAGGACCUGGGUUAUUUGAUCGUGUAUGUAACGGGUCGUCCCGACAUGCAGAAGCAGCGCGUGGUGGCCUGGCUCUCUCAGCAUAACUUUCCUCACGGCAUCGUCUCCUUCUGCGACGGGCUGGUUCACGACCCGCUCCGACACAAGGCCAACUUCCUCAAAUCCCUCAUCAACGAGGCCCACAUGAGGAUCUUUGCAGCCUACGGCUCCACCAAGGACAUCUCAGUGUACACGUCUAUUGGCCUGCCUCCGUUCCAUAUCUACAUAGUGGGAAGACCCACAAAGAAAAUGCAGCACCAGUGUCUGUUCAUCUCGGACGGAUACGCCUCCCACCUGUCCCAGCUGGAGUACAACCAGAGGUCUCGUCCUGCCAAGUCCGCCAGUAACCGCAUGGUCCUCCGCAAGGGCAGCUUUGGCCUGGGUGCAGCCGGAGGAGAUUUCCUCCGUAAACGCAACCACAUCUUUCGCACCAUCUCCUCUCAGCAGCCCGGAGGAGCCGGGUCCAGCUCCCCCAGCCAGCCGGCCCGGACUGAGCGUACGCUGAGCCAGUGCGAGGUGGAGCGGGAACGAGGCGUCGCAGCAGCAACCCAGAGGAGUAUGAGUAUAGCUGCAGGGUGCUGGGGCCGCAGCGGGAGCACCAAGGAGGGCAGCGGGGGGUUACUCGGCCCUAAAUAAUUCGAAAAGGAGCUACGGCGUUAAAGGACCCGGCCUGAGCCACCAUGAUCUCUGGACGAGACAAAGGCUGGAUGAAGAGAAGGAGCAGGAGGGAAGUGGAUGGAGGGUUUGUACUUUAGAAAUUAGAGACAGGUGAUAGAGCAUAAACAGCACACUUGAUUGGAUCAGAAGAGAAUAGGGAAGGAGGGAUAAAGAGAGAUCUGUCCAGGAGGAGUGGACUAAUCAGGCCGAGCGGGAUCCAGCGAACAAAAGACAGUUCUGUAGCAUGACUCUUUUACAGUAACACUUUUAUAGGUUACAUCACCAACUAUUAAAAAAUGGCAAGAAAGGAUUAAGUGAAAUAUUGUAAGCCUUAAACUAAUCUCGUGUAACGGGACGCCCUCCCCCUCCCCUUUCCAAACACACACGUAUACAAUACACUGUCCAAGCAUUCGCACUCAUGAGCUCAGGACAAACUGCAGCCAGAUUCACCUUCAGACAGCCAAGCACGGGUUUAGGCCACGUCAGUUUGGCAGCCAAUGACUUUCACCUCAGUUAGCUGAGCGACAGGCUUCACACACGCUGCCCAGCAACGACUGGCAAUAAGAACGAAAAGAAAAUCCUCACGGUGCAAAAAGAGAAAAGAUGGAUCACAGAGGAAGGAAGGAAGGAAGCCAGGAAGAGAAGAUUAAAUUCUUAAAGGAUCAGGUCAAAUUAUAGAAAAUAUAUUUUCCUUUUUACCUGUUGUGAUAUUUAGUCAUUCAGACAGCUUUGGUUUUAUUUGUCCACAAUGUGAGAUAUUUGUCUCCGACGUUUCUGCCUCCACCUCAACACAGUUACGGAGAAAAAUGAUGAUUAUGAUGAGGAUGAAUGUGAGCCCGGUGGUUGCUCUCACCUACGAGCUCUGUUUUGGUCUCCACCAUCUCCUGAUGGAGAUGUCUGGUAAAUGAUGCUGAUGAAGGUGAAUCAAAACCUCAGUGAACUCUCCUCUGAGCUGAGAGGAGAUGCAGAUUCACCUGUUUUAGGUUUCUAUUUUAUUUAUUUAUUUAUUUUAAUUUUAGCACAAAGUUUGACAUAAAAACAGAAAAAUCAUUCAGAAAGCAACAAAACGUAUUGUUGUUUUUCCUCAAUAGCCCCUGGAAGUCUGGGUUAGAUGCUCACUGGGACUGUCUUUGCUGUGCUUAUGUUCGCUAUCUGUCAAACUAAUGCCUCCUCCAGUCCUGAGAGGGGAAUUGGUUGGGUACUCAGGCUGCCUUUUGACCUCAUAAUAUCGAUCACUGCAGCUUCAAAUGUGUUUUUUCAGUGGGCACCACAAAAAAAAUCCUUUUAACCUCUGUUGUAUUGGGGUGGAAGCAGAGACUGAUAUUUCAGAGCCUGAGCACAUAACAAGUGAAAUGCACAGAUAGAUACCACAAGAGGUAAAUGAUAAAACGGAUCCUUUAAACACGUGAGAGCUGGAUUUGAAACCUUGAAAUAUCUUGUACCAGAGAGGAAAGAACUAUUGUGUUGAUCACUGAUGUGCUGCUCCAGUUUUCAUUCCACCGUGUAUGAGACUCUGUAGUGUUAUUCCCUCUCAGUGUGGCCUCUGGGCCGUCCAAGGCCUUAAUAUCCCACGAGACACUUACUCCACAGACGGAACAGGAAGCAGAAAAACAGGGCAUGCAGCAUUAAAGCAACAACUGAAACUGUGUACAGUCCACAGCAACAAUCCCUUUAUAUAUUCAUCUGCUUGCAAUACCUCUGAUCCACCUGUUUGUGGAGCUCUGUUUCCCACAUGUGCUGCUGCUGGUAGACACUCGCGCGGUGUUCCCCGGCUUUUUGCUCUUUUUGCUCGUACGAUGUGGGACAGGAUGGACCCGGUGUUUCUGCUGAGGAGCCUGAUUCGCCUCAGGCUGGAUGCUCGGUGGGGGGCGGAGGCAGGAUUUCCACUUACACAGACCCGUGAGUCCUUCGCUGUUUGUACCACGUGGACCGAAGAACGGGCCGGAAGUGAUUGACCAUGAAUGUUGAAAAGGCGGGAUUGAUCCUCUCUGGGGGUGAAUGUGGAGGUGGAGAGAAAAUCACCGGUGUCCUCAAACAAUAUGUUGUUGCUUCUGUCUUCUGACGGGUAUAUUUUGGUUCAGGGGGGUCGUCGAAGAAGAAGAAGAAGAAGAAGAAGCCACCUCACGUCUUCAAUCCAAAAACACAAGCUGUGCACAAAAUAGGCCGAUUUUCCACCCAUGCCACCCUCGCUUAUUAAAGGAAAGGUUUUUCAAGUCUGUCCUAACACAACAAUCAGCUGCACAUACAGGAUGUACACUGAUCGCUCAUCCUGUUCAUACUGGUUCAUACGUUUACUGUCCAGUAUCAGUGGCUGAGUAUCUUUUGGAAACCAGUUAAGAGAGCAGCCUCUCUGAUGCAGCGUUAGCGUCAGUGAAAACAGAGCUUUUCAAAUCACACACACUUUUUUUCAUCAGUACUGUGGUUUGUGUUUGUUGUUGUUGGUCGGCUCAGUUAUUAGUGCUAGGAUUCAGUGCUCCACUCUGCUAACUUUAGUCUCUGGGUGAUGGUGGAUGAAGUUUUGACAAAAUACUUUAAUUAAAUCCCAGAUUUGCUGAAACGCUUCCUUUCUUUGAAGAUAACUCGAAGAUAUCUGUGUGUGUUUUGUCAUUAAACACAAAAAGCAAAAGCAGAUUUUUUGGAAUCUGUGAAUAAAUUCAGAAUCAUAAAAGAAACCUUUUUUUUCUCACAGACUGAAGCCGGAGCUUCAUGUUUGCUUCAGAUAAACGUUUGAACACAUUUCCACAGAGAGACGAAUGUAGCCCGUGUCCCCCAUCACUUCGCUGCCAGUGUGAACAGCAGGAGUGAUCACAGCAGGCGAAACCUGUUUCAGUGAUCAAACAGGCACUCGACGGGUGUUUUAAGACAGACUUGAAAAACUGAGAACCUACCCUUUAAACCCACCAAAGCUUUCAGAGUAUUCAUUUUACUCUGCUGUCGUUUUAUGCUCAGCUUCCACACUGCACACGAGCGUGUCCACUCUGUGUGUGUGAUCAGCAAUGUCUUCAACCCACCACAAAAGCCAAAAUCAUUCUCUAAUACUGUAGUUAAUCAACUGUGUAACCUCGUUGUUUUUUGCACUAGUUUACAGUGGAAAUAUACUGUAGUUACCAUCUCAUGUCGCUACAUCUGAACACCUCUGUAGUGCAUGACACUUUUUAUUUAUUUCAGGGUAUACUGUUUGUGCGGGUACGCACACGUCUGUACAUUUUGUCAGGAUUUGAAAAUAAUGUAAAUUAAAUGUGCCAAACAGUAGAGAACAGAGAAGUAUUUAGGGGUUUUCAAACUCUGACACUGAGACAACUCCCCCAGCGGCCCCCUGUCCAAUUAUUGUCCUGUUAUUAUUCUUUAUCUUACUUCUGUUUAGUAGAUAAUCAUGCUCCAUGUUUUGAAACUACAGUUCCCAUAAUGCUUUGGGGAAUGUAACCUUUUAAAGGACUGGUGGUCAUGUGGUCAGUGAUUCGUGCUGUGGGCCCUGUUUUGUUUUUUUUAGCCUAUAUUUGUUUGCAUUUUGAAAAGUUGGCACCAUUAAAAGUAUGCCGAAUUAGUUAUUAGCAGUUGCUGUUUGCAGUGUUUCCACGGCUGUCGGGACAAAUGGCACUGGAUUACUCUGAAACUGAAGAAAAGAUAAAAACGUGAAACUUCGCAAGCUAAUUCUGGAGUUAAAAAGGAGCGUCUCCCCCCCGUGAUUUCUAAGCGGGCAUAUGGACGUUUGUUCGCGAUGGACACCGAAGAUAAUGAUGUCCCCAGAAACUGUAAGUCACGAUGAAUCAGAAAAUGUGUGUAUUAUGUCUGUGCGUUCAGAUUUGCCAGAGAUAUGGGUCAGAGAAGGGGGGCGGUUUUUGACGCUAAUUGCGACAGUCCAGCCCUCAUCAGGCUUUUUAACUACUUUAAUGAAACCACCACGUUUGGGCCAAAAUCCUGGGUCACACCGUGAACCUGUCAAACACAGUGCAUUUGUCUCAUGUCUGUUUGAAAACCCCCUGAUUCAGACUGUAUCCAAGCUUUUCUUAUAGCAUGAAGAGGAGGUGAACAUGUGCUGAGAGCGUUUGGAUUUGGGGUUUUAGUGAAAAAUGGAUUGAACAGAAAAAUGAAUCUGUCUUAGAAGCUGUUACCUGAGGACGGUGGUGGAGUGAGUUUCUGGAACCAUGGAAAAUAAGCUGUUUUGCAGAUGGACCUUUGCAUUGUGUUUCUGUUGUGUUGUGGGUGGAAGGUUUUUGGAUACAAACGCAUUGUUUCCCGUUGGCAGUUUAGCUGCUGAGUUGAAUGUCUCCCCACAUGGAUCCUGAGUCUGCUCCGGAGCCAUGGAUGUGUCAGUGUACAUAAUGUAAAGAUGUAUAUGUAGGACCUAUAUGGUUGAGAGCUAUUUAUUUACCUAAAGAUCAUGAUGUUACUAUGGAAAUUUCAGGUGAAAUAUAUUUGAAAUAUGUAGCAUUUUAUUUUAUUUUGUUUUAUUUUUAGGCUAUGGACCAACACAGGAAGGCUUUUAUUUUUACCAGUGCAAUAUUAUUGCUCCAGUCACAGCCAGGCAAAAUAACCACUAUCACAGCAGGGGCACAAUCUACACCAACACAAGCUACAGGCACUUUCACAGUCUGAAGUCACACACACCACAUGCAGUUGUGUUUCACACCUCGUGAAAACUAUUUGUAUUCGAGCUACUGUUGACCUCUGCUGUCUCUUUACAACAACUGCUGAGCGUUUUAUAGGACUUCCUGUACCUGUUUUUCAAACUGGAGUAUUUUACAGAACCUUUGAAAUAUAACUCGGGGCUGGUUUUUCAGUCAGUGGAUGCAUGAAAAAGUUAAACCCCCAUAACGAAGCAGCUCUAUUUAACAAGCUGUUGCAUGUCAUCCAGUCAGAUUGGAACUAAUUAACCUUCAUGUUUAACAGUAAUAAACCAGUUAUGUUGUCCACUACGUCCUCACUGUUUAAUGAAAUAUAUAUAUAUAUAAAAUUCUGCUGGUUAUAUUUGAGAUUAAUGCAAUUAUUGCCACUUUUGGAUAAAAAGUAAUGGAGACCUAGAUGUUUAUCUGCAGCACAGUUUGACCUCCACAGUCCAGUGUUAGUUUUAGUUAUUGACACCUUAGAACAAAACAUUUUGGUAUCACUUUAUAACAAACCUUGAUUAAUGACAUUUAUGACCUCAGUCUUAAUAAUAACUAUAAAAAGCCCAUGAAGUGUUUUAAACACCGUCCAAAGGUGUUUUUCACAACCUGGCA